CCCUUAAGAGUUAAGGGAGCUGAGCGGAGAGAGAGAGUUCGGACUUCAGAACCUCACUGCCUUCUUCUUUCUUUUUAUUUUCUUCCUCUUUUGCUUUUUGUUACUGUUGUGUACUUGCUACUGUUUUCCAUUUAAAGAACUGAGCUCAAGUAUCUUUCUUGCUAGAUUCUCGCUCUGUAAUUCUGACCAAGAAUUUAUUUUUCUUCUGGGUUUUUUCAGAAUCCCCACACCCCUUUUUCCCUCUACCUUUUAAAAUACUCUAUUCAUUCAACACUUUUCACUCCACGCCCUCUCUGUCUUUGUCUUUGUCUUCGUCUUCUUCCUCUUGUCUUGGCUUUCUGCACUACAAUGGAUGAAUAUUACUGUAAAAGAAGUGGACAAAUUCCAGCUUUUGGAGACUGGGAUUAUUCAAACGACAUGCCAAUUACUCAAUACUUUGAGUGUGCAAGACAAGCCGGGUUGCUUCGCUACAGUUCUUCUUCCGGAGAAUCUGAUCUGUGCAUGCGUCGUAGUUGCGGUGGCGGUGAUUUAUACGCCGUCGAUUUGAAGAAAGCUUCUCGUAAUGUCAAUGGUGUUCCUCCCAGAAAGACGAAAGUGGGAGAAAAGCGAGGCCCGCAAGUCAAGGAGCAGAAAAAGCAGCAACAAGUGAAGAAGGUGUGUGACUGUCACGUGACUCAACCACCAAGGAAACAACCACCACGCUCUAAAUACGGCGUUGUUACCCCCACCCCACUGCCUGUUCGACCUCCCAAAGCCGUCGACGAAGAUCUCUACAAAAUCCCUCCUGAACUCCUCCACUCCCAGAAGCGGAAGAAAAUGCCUGGAUUCUUUUCAUGCCUGGUGCCUGCAUGUGCCUCUUGAGUCCGGAUCUUCACAACAAGCUUCUCUUAUGGGAAUGUUUGAUUCACAAAAUUAAAGAUGUAUUGAAUAGUUAAUGUAAUGCUCUCUGUGGACAUUAUCUUCCACCAAAGUUAAUGUAUGAUAUUAGCCAAAAUCAAACUGUUUGACAGACUGAGAAUGAAGAAUAGAUGUUAAAUUUCAUCUUG